UUCGACUACAGCCGUGCCACCUAACUUUUUUCUCGCUCUUCUCGUCACCCCAUCGCCACACUUCUCGUUUCUUUUUAUCUUUACGUAUUCUUUCUUUCCACGAGCUUAUUCUCCUUUCUUUCUUCUAUUCUAUUCUUUCUUUCUUUCUUUUCUUUUUUUUAACGUCGUUUAGACCACGAAACGCGCAAUUUCGACUUUCGGUAGCCGCUUUCUUCGCUUUACGAUUACGAUCGCAACGCGUUAAAGCGCGACAGAAUACAAAAGUUACUCUUUGAGCGUCGGAUAAUAUGAAAUGCGAUACGAGAUAUUCAAAUGGGUUUUCGAUUACUAUGCGGCGCAAAGAAGAUGCAUGCGCGUGUGACUUCGAAGAAAGAUAUUAGAUAUUAUAACGCUUUAAUAACCUGUAAAAUUCUUAUUUUGUUCGAGGGAGAGAUUCGUCGAGCCUUUUCUUUGGCACGCAAUAGGACGGGAAUAAACGAUCCUGCUCGUACUACGACCAAUCGUAUUACGAUCGUCUUAAUGGCUCGUUGGAACGGAGACGCGAUAACGAGGAACUUUGCACACGCGUUUGUCCCAUUAUUAUUGCUAUCCGUUCUUCCCCACCUACGCAAGUCGUAUCGUUCUGAAACGUGUUCUGCUAUACGUGCGAGAAGUCGCUCGCGCCACACGAAAGCCGGCCUCCCAUUGGUCGUUGAAAUCUGGCGCGUGGUUUAUCGGCGAAUCCCUGCGCGGCUUAAAUAAUUCAAUUACACGACGAACAUUGCCGGAGUUUUUUCGAGCGAUGCGUUUGCAAAAACGCAUCCAACGGUUUAGAACGAUAUUUCCUCACGGACAGGUCGAACGAUUCCAUCAAAUUUCUCGACAAAAUUCGCGUGUCUCGAUCGUUUGAUCGAUUUCGUGCGGAAAAACGCGCAAACGCUUUCGACACGCGAGGUUAAGCGAAUAUUCGACGAUUAGAUCGUAUAAAGGCGUUAAGGAGAUCUUUUCUCGCCGAUACGGAUCUCAAGGUAGCUCGGAUCUCGGAAUAUAUACGCGCACAGAGAUAUGUAUAUACAUAUAUAUGUGUGUGUGUGUAUAAACGCACGCGUGGACGAUAGUACGAAAGGCGUUUACGAUCAAAGUUGGAGUAAAUUCGAUGCGACGACUCGAACGUCGAAAGAGAUCGGAAACGGCGACCGAUAUUUGAUCGGCACGAUCGACGCGUGGAGCUCGUUAUCGGUCUAUCGACGUUUCGCGUCGAUUCCGUGACGACGACGACGACGACGACGACGACGACGACGCGACGAGAAGGAACGUAACGGUCGAUAACGACGAUGCGGUUUAAAAGGGGCCGACGUGGCAGAGGCACGUAUUUUCGUCCACGAAAUGCCGAGAAGACGAGUCGAGAGCGCGUAGUGAUCACCGGAUGUUAUCACAUGUAUAUAUAUAUGUAUGUAUGUACGUAUAUACGUACGUACGUCGGUCGCGAAAGUAACUCGAUCGGUGCGAAUUCCGCGAUUGCCGACGUACGAACGCGUAUACGCGAUAUAUCUGUGUUCGCACGUUCGUACGUACGUCGUACUUGCUCGUAUAUCUCUGCAAAAGUUACAACCGGACGAAGACGAACGCGAGAUACGUCGGACGCUGACGUUGAUAAAAUACCGUACGACAGGCUUUACGCGUACGCGUGAAAAAUGCGCACGAGUAAAAUUCGAUAAGAAAAGGUUUAACGCGAAGGAACAAUAAAAUACACGUGGACGCGUCUCUUCCGUCGUUCCUCCAUCGGGUAUAGGUCAGUAGAGAUUUGGCAACGUCGCAAUGUAGCGGCGGUGGCGGCGGCGACGGCGGCAACGGCAUAGAUUCCGCUCCGCAACCGCAACCGCACACCCGCCUCGCCGCCAUGAUGCCAAACGAAAUACGCCGUGCAACGGUUUCUCCGCAGUGACGCGUAAGCUGCCGUCAACGUAGCAACACGACCAUUUGCGGCAACCGUUCCGUACGAUUCUUUUUAUUUUUUUCGUUAUUCAUCAAAUCAUUCAUCGUUGAAUAUUUAUCGAGCUACCAUCGGAGACCGCAUCGACUCGUCCGAUCGAUCGUCGAGUUUCGCUUCGAAAGAGAGAAUUUUCCAUUUUCGUCCUCUGCGCGUGUUUCGCUCGCGUUUCGACGUGAGAGGAUUAUCGAGAAAAUCAAGCUUUUGAAUCGACGAUCGUUGGGAGAAUCGACGAAAAGGAAGAGAGGGGAUAGAGUGACGGAGAGGACGGAGGGGGAGGGUGGGAGAGAGAGAGAGAGAGGGCACGCACGCAGAGCAGAGCAGACGAGAUAUAUUUGAAAAUAUACGACAUGUUCGACACGGAAAGAUUUAUCGAGGAGAUCGAGAAAAGGCCGGCGAUCUACGAUGUGAAUCGUAGCGAGUACAACGACCGUAACGCCAAGAUGAGCGCGUGGGAAGAGGUUUGUCAGGUGAUGGUACCGAACUGGACGCGUUUGUCGGACGAAGAGAGAAACAUGGAAGAAAAGAGCUUGCGAGGGAAGUGGAGAAAUAUACGCGACUAUUUCAUGAAAGAGUUCAAACUGCAGCUACAGAAGUCCCUGAAACCGGAUUCGGUACGCCGGAAGCGGAAAAAGUACAUGUACUACGAUCAACUGCUUUUUCUCAUGCCCACCGUUGAAAACAAGCUACGGAUCACGAAUACCGCAGGAAAUCAAUGCAAAUCUGAGGAAAGCGAAGGCGAAGGCGACAAUCCGGUUAUAGAGGAGUCCGACGUUCCACUGGCCCACGCUGUUCCGUCUCUAACGACCGGCAGGGAAUACGUGCAAACCGGUGCUUCCUUCAAAAUGUGUCCACGUUAUCCGAAGCAAUUGUGCGAAACGUCUUUGACGUCCUUCGAUAACGAGAUUCACGAUAUCCUAUCGUCGCACAGCGGUCAACGGGUAGCGAUCGACGAGGAAGAUUACGACAAAAUGUUUCUCUUGUCUCUGUUACCGACCAUCAGGCAAAUACCCGAGGAGAAAAAGUUGGACGUUCGAAUACAAAUGCAGCAAGUAUUGGCUUCGGCUCUGCGUCCGCCGGACGAUAAAUAAUCGACCGUUGCGAUUAUUUCCCUUUUGAUCGCAACGAACGUUUCGAUCGACGACCGUGCCGAUAAAGAUUUUAACGAUAUGCAAUUUCGCGGAACCAGUAUCGUCGAUCUUGUACCUCGAUCUUUUCGAUUAACGAGAAGGUUACGCGCGAUGAAGUUACAUAUUUCAUCAUGUGUGGCGUGUGUGUGGCAUGCGCGCACACAUAUGUAUGGCUAAUAUUAUCGAGAUGCCUUAUGUGCAGGGACGAGUACAGUACAAAUCCUAAGUACUGAUUUCUGAUUGUACCAAUUACUAUUGAAGAGCAACGAUCACGUGCACUGUAAGAAUACCUCUAUCUGUGAUAUGGUCGUGUUACAUGUAGAGAUAAUAGAAUAUAAUUCGAACAAAAUGGUAUGGAUUUUCUUGAAACGUGCUACGCGGUAAGAAAUUGUACAAUUGUUAAAAUAUCGUACGAGCAGGGUAUACGUCUAACGACGUACAGAAAUAUCGUGCUGUAUCUGAAAAUAUUUUAACAUUAUAUAGUUGAUAUUAAAAA